CAUGUUUCCGUAUAAUUUGCGGCGAGAUUAUUGCUGAAAAAAUUUAAACACAAAAUCAAAUGCAUCUGAGUUGGCCCCCUAACGAACGGUGACAAGUGACUACGGUUCUCGACAACAAGCGCAAGUUAGAACGUGAUCGCUUAUCCUGAUAGACACGUGAAGGUGAAAACAAAAAUAAGUACAAACCACUUCUGCUCCUGCACAACAAUUUUCUACCAUGACAAACUGUUAUUGCUGCGCUACUCAGUCCGCCCAACCGCAAAAAUCGUAGCAUCUUCAUCGACGACGCGUGCCUUUCCUGCCACCACUACUUUCUGGUGGCUCGAGGGUCCACCUCCACCACGACCACGUUUAUUUGUGCGAAAGUGAAUUGACCGGGGAGCAGCACGCAGUGCAAAUAAUCCAAAUCGCGAGUAAAAAAAACCUGUCUAAAGCCAUUCGACUACCGCGGGCAUCAAGAGACAUGGCUGCUCGCGGAGGCAUUGGGCGCGGCCAUCCCAGUAACGUGGGUAUGAUGGACGCUGCAUUUUUCGUGGGGAGGUCAGAGCUCCUGCACUGGGCAAACGAACGAUUACUGACGAGCCUGUCGAAGGUACAGAAGUAGAAGGUGCACUAAUGUGUGUGUGUGUCGCUGGUGCGUGUGCGGUUUGUGAAUGGCAAACUGCGUCAUGCUGUGCUUGUGUGGUAAAAAAUGUGAAUGACAUAGUAGAACUUGCCUUUUUGUUGUUCGACAGGUCGAGCAAUGCGCCUCCGGUGCCAUCUACUGCCAGCUGCUGGACGCCUGCCACCCCGGCGGCGUGGUGCAGAUGAAGCGGGUAAAUUGGACGGCAAAAGUGGAUCACGAGUACAUUCCCAACUACAAAAUCCUGCAAGCAGCGUUUGAUAAGAUGAAGAUCGACCGAAAUAUCGAUGUGGACAAGUUGAUAAAAGGGAAAUACCAAGACAACCUGGAGUUUCUGCAGUGGAUGAAGUGCUACUACGACCACACAUUCGCGGUAUAAAAAUGAUAUGUAGCACUAGUUGCAUUAUUAUUUUUUCAGAGCUUUCAUCUUUUUGUUCGUUUCAUCGGCAUGAAGAACACGAACCACGUAAAAAUUCCAGGGUCUCCCCUACGACCCCAUCGAGAGGCGCGACGGCAAGGCCUUGUUCGAUUGGGCGCGACCCGGCGGUAUGACGACCGGGCAAUCGAUGGUCAGCGAACCCAGCAACAGCCGCCGACCUGCACAGCGAGCGGUUUCUCGCUCAGAGGGCGGGCAGAAGAGUGCGAGUAGCUCAUCAAGCUCCAGCCGAGGUGUGAUUGUUGACUUUAUAAAGCUUUGUUCAUUUUUGACUUUUGUUUGCCAAGUCAGCACAUUUGGUGACUCUGACUUCCUCGGAAUGCUGGGACUGCAAAAAACACAAUCCCAGCCGCGCUCCCGAGCACAGCCCCAAGUGGCGCUGGUGGCGCAGGGAAAGCGAGAAUACCAGCCUCACAGCGCGGAGACCCGCGAGAAGUCGAAUCACUGCGGGAGGAGUUGCGGAAUAUGCAAGUAAUAUUGCUUGGAUUUCAUCUUCUUGUCACGCCCUUACGUCAACAAAAAACUGAAACCGUGUUCCUAUUUAUGCAUCCUCAGACCAAGUUGAUCUUCUAACAUGUGUUGAGAUUCUUGCAAUCCACCCACGCUCGAAGGUGACCGUGGACGGGCUUGAAACCGAGCGCGACUACUACUUCCACAAACUCCGCGAAAUCGAGAUUCUCAGCCAGACCCUGGAUCCAGAAGAUCCCACGGCAAGUCACACGAUAGCACAGAUGACGGUGCCGAAGCUGGUAAAAGAGGUACAGCAGAUUCUGUACAAGGAGGAAGGACCCGCGGAGGGGGCCGGAGGAUGACGAGGGUGCGAAGAGUGGACGGUCUCCUGGAGUAGGCUUAUUUCAUAUGAUAACCAUAGAGAUUCUGUUUAACGCGGCGGGGCGGUGCUGACACCGAUAACUGCUGCUCAACAUGGCAUCCAAUGAUGAGUUGUACGUCCAGCAAGUUUUUGUGCCUUUUCUUCCGCACCAACAUGGACCACGAAAAUGCACUUUUUCGAGAGCGUGGACCUGGGUAGGAGAAAGUUUGGUGAAUCUUCAAAAAGACACUGCAGGAAUGAUCUGGUCGCAAUCUUUCAACAACAUCUCGUUCAUCUUCUCCGACCAAUUAUAUAAAAAAAGCCAAAUUAUAGGGCGGUAAACGCAAACGGCAAGUCUUUGCAAAUGUCAAUGUCUCAUGGUAAUAUGCGG